AUGGCAACCACACGCGCGUAUUUCUCUUCUUCUUCUUCUUCUUCCUCUUCUUCUUCCUCUUCUUCUUCCUCUUCUUCUUCUUCUUCUUCCUCUGCAUCGGAGGAGAGCCUACCGCCCUCGAUGGGGGUUCCGCGAGCAAUGGGAGGCCCGCACGGCGUCGUCGAACUCGAGGCAGGCUGGGCGAUGCUGCGAGACUGCGCCAUUCGGCGCCUCGAGCACUUUUUGCGAACUGGAGAGGCUCUCGGCAGACGCAAAGACGGGAAACUGUGCAUCUUCACCAGGAAAGAAUACUCCGACAUGUACACAACGGUGUACAACAUGUGCACGCAGCGCUAUCCUAACAAUUGGUCUGCCCAGUUGUAUCAGCGCUACGGCGAAGCAUUAGCCUCUUACGUUAAUCGUGAGGUGGUCCCCCGACUCGAGGGUUUGGCCGAGGAAGAGCUUCUUCGUGAACUGCUUCUUCGCUGGAAAAAUCACAAAAUCUACGUCACCUGGUUGGAGCGCUUCUUCGUCUACCUUGAUCGCUACUACGUCAAACUCCAAUCUGAGGAACCUCUUCACCACAAGGGUAUCCUCAUCUUCAAAGAGCUGGUUUUCAAUCGCGUUCGCGUCCCGCUACGAGAGGCCAUUCUGAGCGCCAUUCAGAGACAGAGAGAAGGCGAGGGAGUCGACGAGGAGCUUUUGGGCGACAUCGUUUUCAUGUACAUCGGACUGGAAGCGAACGGCCUGUCUCUUUACCAGAGAGAACUGGAGGAUUACUUACUGCCCGAGUCCGGAGACUACUACUCUCGCGUGUCGGCGGCUUGGAUUGAGACAAUGUCCUUCACAGAGUACAUGCAUCAUGCACAGGACGCGCUGCUGGCCGAGCAGACGAGAUGCUCCACGAUUCUGCAUCGCUCGACAAAGCUGAAGCUGCAGGCAGUUGUUUUCGACGCACUCCUCGCGGCACGGCAAGACCAACUCCUGGAGAAAAACACCGCCAUCGAGUUCCUCCUUGCGCGCGACCGGAGACAAGAGCUUCGGCUGGCCCACCGACUCUUCACCUACGUCGAAGGCGGCGUCGAGGCCAUCGCCGCCACCUUCAAAAAUUUCGUCACUACCCAAGGAAACAAAAUCGUAGACCAGCGCCUCGCGCAACUUGAAUCAGCAUCUUCCUCUUCCUCUUCCUCCUCUUCUACCUCUUCUGUUUCCCGUCCCCCGGGGGCUGCGUCGAUUGCCGAGGCUCAGCAAGCAGAUGCAGCUUUCGUUCAACAGCUCUUGGAUUUGCAUGAGAGUUCGAAGAAGAUUCUGGAGGAGUGUUUCGUUCUCUCUUCUCCAUCGACUUCACGCUCACUGCUGUGCGUCUCGAACCCGCAACAGAAACUUUUCCGCCCCUACGAGGAUUCGCCGUGGGAGACAGACCGACCUGACGGCGAAGGGGCCGGCUUGGGGACUCCCGAUCCACUCUUUCAAAAAUCUCUCAAAGAAGCUUUUGAGCACUUUGUGAAUCGCGACAUUGGUCGCCAGAGCUUCGCGCAUCUCCUCGCCUUCUUCUGCGAUCGACUCCUGAAGAAAACAAGCGAGAAACGGAGCGAGGAGCAGAUCGAGAACAUGCUCGUGCGCGUGGUGGAAAUGUUCAAUUACGUCACUGAGAAGGACGUCUUCGCGGAGUGCUACCGCUCUCAACUCGCCCGGCGGCUGCUGCACGAGACGUCCGCCAGUGAGGAUUUGGAGAAGAGUGUGAUCAGCAAGCUGAAGUUGAAGUGUGGGGCGCACUUCACGUCGAAACUCGAGGGAAUGCUCCACGACUUGAACAGCGCAGCAGACACCUACCGAAAGUUCAUUUCCUGGAUCGCCGAGAAGAAAAAGCAAUCUGCACGCGUCGACGCAGAGGCAAUGGACGCAAGCGCCGCAUCGGCGGGCGCCCCUGGCGCGGCUGAGGACGCACAGACGGAGAGACUCCUCGAGAAAGUGUCUCUCGCCGGCGCAAGCGGUCGCCUGCAAAGCGGCGCAGGCGGCAACGGCGUCGCGCUGGUGGACGGAAUCGAAUUCUCCGUCCAAAUCCUGACCACCGGCUACUGGCCAACGUAUCCAACGGCUCUCGUCAAUCUGCCAUCCUCCAUGCAACUCUGCCAGACUGUUUUUGAGACUUUCUACGCGAGUCAGACUCAGCAUCGCCGAGUCACGUGGAUCCCCGCUCUCGGGACUGUCUCUGUGAGCGCGACGUUCCAGAAAAGGCAUGACUUGAUUUGCAACACGUACCAGGCGUGCGUCUUGCUCCUCUUCAACUGGGACUCUCCGUGUCAUCGCCAUGCAGCGGAGGCCGAGAGCGAAGGCCCGCGCGUUGACCCGCAUCUCACUCUCGCGACACUGACAAGCGCCCUCAGCCUCGACGAGGCGACAGUGAAGAAAAUGCUCGCGAGCUUCUUCCUGGGCCGCUUCAAAAUCAUUAAAAAGUUGAACGACGAGUCCUACCAGGUGAAUGCGGGGUUCACCUGCCUCAACAGGAAAAUCAAAAUCCCGACCCCUAUUCAAGAGGAAGUUCAGUCGCGAGAGCGCGUCGAAGAGGAUCGCUCCGUCGCUAUUGAGGCUGCCAUCGUGCGCAUUAUGAAGGCGCGGAAGGUCAUGCAACACCAGCAGUUACUUGCAGAGGUCCUCAGCCAGCUGAGCUUCUUCAAACCGAAUCCGAAGUUGAUAAAGAAGCGCCUGGAGCACUUAAUCGAGCGCGAGUUCCUCGAACGCGACGCAGAGAACUCGAACCUGUAUCGAUACGUGGCCUAG